AUGGAGCCAAGACCAGCAGCAUCUAUUCAGGACAUCGACAACCAAGAACUUGAGAACUUGCUUUCAUCUUUGCCGAAAGAGAGAGGUAUUAUGUCAUCCUACACAUAUCAGUUCCAAGGAUUCUGGUACCCUCCUUACGCUCUGCAGGGAAUCAUCAAUUGUCAAGAAGAAUUUCAACCCCGUGAAAAUGAUAUCUUCCUUGUUACACCCCCAAAAUCCGGCACUACCUGGCUUAAAGCCAUCCUUUAUGCAUUGGUGAACCGCGAAGCCCACCCUCCUCAGGAUCCUCACCAUCCUCUGCUUACUAAAACUUCCCAUCAGCUUGUUCCUUUCCUCGAAUUGCUUAAUCCCUCUGAAUACGUCUCCGUUUGCAACUCCUCAGACAGUAGCACUAGGAUCUUAGCAAGUCAUGUUCCAUUAGGUACCCUCCCAAAAGCCAUAACCGGCGACUCUGGCUCAUUUAAGUGCAAAAUAGUCUACCUCUGCAGGGACAUCAAAGACAAUUUUGUUUCACUCUUUCACUUUGGCAACGAUAGAAUGAAAACCUCUCCCAUCUCUUUGGAAGAUGCCUUCGAUUUGUACUGUAAGGGAAUCAGUCCAGCUGGACCGAUUUGGGAUCAAAUCUUGGGAUAUUGGAAAGAGAGCCAGAAAAACCCACAUAAGGUGCUCUUUAUGAGGUACGGAGAGUUGAAAGAUGAGCCUUAUAUACAGCUGAGGCGUCUAGCAAAUUUUCUUGGGAUCCCAUUUUCCCAGGAGGAAGAAAAUUCAGGUGUGGUCGGAGAUUGGAAAAAUUGUUUAACUGCUGAUAUGGCUUCUAGGUUGGAUCAGAUUACUGAAGAAAAAUUCCGUGGUUCCGGUUUGUCUCUCUAA